CUCCUGUCUUCACUCGCCGCCUCCUUACUGCAAGUCCGUCUGUAUCGUGAUCUAUCAAAAGCUAGCGUCAUUAAUGUGAGUCAACCGACCACACCAUUUCAGAAGGACAGGGAUUCGCGGGCUCCGGUACAUGCAGUUCAGCGGCCUCUCCGGUCGACUGUCAGAUGCAAUACCAAAGCUCCAGGUGAGAGAAUAGAUAUCUGGGGAUCAGCUCGCCUUGCUCUUCAAGUUUCCACUUCGCCAGCAUCCACUUGAGUGCAAGUGCGCAAGUCCGGUGUCCUCGCUCUAUCACCAUGUUGCAAAACCUCCUCCAAGGCCUCGCUUCUAUCCUCACGCAUCGUUCCGGUGACGUAUUCACCGUCCUCCUCGUUGUUUCUGUGCUAUGGAGGGCGACCGUUGUUCUCCGAAUCUACUCUAGUCGUCCUCGGCAUAUACCCAUCGAAGCGAAGCCUUAUCCAUUCCGGCGAUGGUUCAAAGAUUUCGACUUCAUCUUGGAUGGCUCGACGCAGAUCUUGAAAGCCUAUAAAAAGCUUGGUGCUGGCUUGACCUUUGCCAUACCAUCCAUGGGCGAAUACCAAAUUCUUGCAAGCGAUCCCAGGGAUAUUGAGGCCAUAUGCAACGCCAGCGAGGAAACCUUAUCCUUCCAUGAGGCAAUGACUGAUCGAUUGAAGCACUAUUACACCAUCUACCGAUUCAAGUAUGGCGAACCGGACCCGAAUGACAGCAUUCCGAAGCGUGUCGUAAAGGUCCUUCUCCGGAUGCAGCUAGACGCGCUUAGGCCAACCAUUGACGAAAAGAUUCGUAAAGCAGUGGACGCUCAGUUUGAAACCGCAGCAGCGCUGAAGGAUGACUGGAGAGCCCUACCUACCUUCUUCUUCGCAAAGUCCGUGGUAGAGGAGUUGAAUGCCAGGGUCAUCCUUGGAGAAGAGAUCGGAAACAAGCGCGAAUGCAUCGAUGCAGCGCUUCGCUAUGUCGGGGACGUUGUUUUUGCGGCCGAAGUCGCCCGGCAAUUUCCGGCUUUUCUUACUCCCAUCAUUGCACCUGCGAUAAUGCGAUGGAGCGGCGCAAUGAAUAAGCUCGUCGACCUCAUCAGUCCUGUGGUGGAAGAACGCAAACGUCUUCAAGCUGCCGGCGUGCCCGACCUCUCGAAGAAAUAUGCGGAUUGUAUCCAAUGGACCGUGGAGUCAUCGAAGACACCAGCCCAGCGGGAGACUCCACGUUUGGUAGCGGUUCUUAUUGGGUUACUCCUCGCAUCCUCUCAUCAAAUGUCAUUGACUCUGACUUACGUCUUGUAUGCGCUUUGUGACCAUCCAGAGUACAUAAUCGAGUUGCGACGUGAAAUUGAAGAAGGAUUCGACGCCCGACCCGGGUCGAGCAACCCUUUCAAGAAGCUAUACCUUCUUGAGAGUUUCCUUCUUGAAGUUGCUCGACUCAAUCCGCCAGAUGCCCUGGUCGUUCAGCGCAAGGUCAAAAAGCCGAUCCUACUGCCUAGCGGGGCUUUCAUUCCUGCGAAUAAUCUGGUGGCCGUUCCACAGCAAGCCUUGGCCCGCAACUCCGCCGUGUUCUCCAAUCCCGAUACGUUCGACGGUCGUAGAUUUCUUCCCGGUAACGACUAUAUUCGAGAAACCGAAGCGGUGACCAAGUUUACUGAUGUCAAGUACUCUUAUAUGUUCUGGGGACCGCCGCGCAAGCCUUGUCCGGGAAGAUGGUAUGUGUCGCACACACUGAAGGCGGUUGUAGUGCAUCUCCUGAUGAACUAUGACAUGAAGCUGGAACAAAAGAAUGCCAAAAAGUAUUUCCUUUGGACGACUGCUAUCUUGCCGCGGCCGACCAUAGGGAUAUUGCUGAGGAAAAAGAAGAAUGUCGUCGAUGUGGGACGGCUAGCAAUGUGAUAGCCCUGACUACCAUCGGCUGCAGAAUACCGCAUAGAUUUCCAGGAUGAAGUGGGAGAGUAUAAGGGCACUGCUCGAUUAGGUUUAGAUUAAGCUUAGACGGUAUAUGUCGAUAAGUCAAUAGUGUUGGCAGCCGAGUACGACCAGGCGGGUUGCUCAUGUUUCUUCGUUUUUAGAAGUCUGAUUAGCGAAUAGAAGGUAGAGACCACAUGAAGAGAUACUAGAGCAGACUUCAGGC